AUGACUUUUGCGCCACCACGCCGAUCAGCAGUGGCUAUUGCUCGACAAUCCGUAAGAAUAUCGAAGUAAGUUUUUUUUUUCUUUUUAAUAUUUUUUUUAUAAAAAUUCGUUUUUACAGCCUUGAUACGAACAAAAUUUUGGAUGACAGCAUUCGGAAACAGAGACAGUCAAAGCAAAUUGAAGGUUUGGAGCUCGACAAUGUUCAAGUAAGAGAUUUAUCAAUUUUUUCUUUAUCGAAUAUGAGAAAAUUUAGGAAGAUCCUCAUGCAAACAUUAUUUGGAACAAGGCGGCGCCAAAGUUUGAAGAUGAGAUGAUAGGAGGAAAUUCAGCAAAGAAAGGAAAGAGAGGAGCGAAUGAAGGUUUAAAAGAAUUAAAAAAAUAUCUAUUAGAUUUUUUUUAAAGAAAGGCAAGCAGGUGGAUCUGAAAAGCCGGCAAAACCAUCAAGAAAGCGAAAAAUGAUGCGACCAGAGUUCCAAAAACAACGCUUUCGCAAACCGUUACUACUGCAAAUCGCCGAGCAGAGUAAAGCCAUUCGAAGCUCUCAGAAUCCUGACUUCAGGAGGUUUUUUUUUAGAAAUAAUGAAUGAUCAAAAAACUUUAUAUUUGAAGGGUGGAUGCGUAUGAAAGAGCACAAGCUCCGCCGACAACUCGUCCGCCGAGACGAUUUUGUGCAGUUUGCGGUUUCAAAUCCAACUACAAUUGCACGAAAUGCGGAUUGAAGUUGGUUUAGACGAUGCAAAAUUCGAUCGACGGCUUUAUGAUCGCCUAUUUUUAACGGGAAAACUUGAAUUACUGAUUUUUUAAGGUACUGUUCGAUUCCCUGCCGCGACAUUCACAAUGACACACGGUGUAUGCGAUGGACUUCCUGA